GGGGUUGGUCCUCUACUUCUCUCUACUCUGAAGACAGACAGUACUACUGAGGUGCGAAGCAUGUGACUCUCUUCACUUCGCAAAGAAGUCACGCACCAAACACAGCACCCCCAUUCCCCACACCACACCGCAGCAAGAACUCCGCCGCUCCGCUCCGCUCCCCUCCUCGCACCCUCUUCCGUCCCGCCCUGCCCCUCCUCGAGCUCCGGGCAACCGGCGAGGCCUGCUGCGGCCAUGGCGUCCAGCGCUUCGCGGUUCAUCAAGUGCGUCACGGUCGGCGACGGCGCCGUCGGCAAGACCUGCAUGCUCAUCUGCUACACCAGCAACAAGUUCCCCACCGACUACAUACCUACGGUGUUUGACAAUUUCAGCGCAAACGUAGUUGUUGACGGCACCACAGUGAAUUUGGGCCUUUGGGACACUGCGGGGCAGGAGGAUUACAACCGGCUGAGGCCUCUGAGCUACCGUGGAGCUGAUGUUUUCGUGCUUGCCUUCUCGCUUGUGAGCCGAGCUAGCUAUGAGAAUAUUAUGAAGAAGUGGAUACCGGAGCUUCAGCAUUACGCCCCUGGCGUGCCAGUUGUGUUGGUAGGCACAAAACUAGAUCUUCGUGAAGACAAGCACUACUUGAUGGACCAUCCUGGCAUGAUACCCGUUACCACAGCACAGGGAGAGGAGCUUCGGAAACAAGUUGGUGCAUUAUAUUACGUAGAGUGCAGCUCAAAGACACAGCAGAAUGUCAAAGCUGUCUUUGAUGCUGCUAUCAAGGUGGUAAUCCAGCCCCCAAGUAAGCAAAGAGAAAAGAAGAAAAAGAAACAACGACGGGGAUGUUCUAUGAUGAACGUCUUCGGCGGAAGGAAGAUGCUAUGCUUCAAAUCCUGAAGAUCAUGUCUCUUGCUUGAAGCAAUGCCACGGGCACAACCUCAAACUGCCAAAGCUUGAGAUCUGGAUGUACUGAUUGCGCAGUUGGUGUGUAUAUUUGCAUCGUUGUUAAUUAAUGACUAGAGGUAGAUGGUAAGAACUAGCUUUCUUAUGUGCUGCAGAAAGCCUGGGUUAUUAGCUUUCUUCGUGCUAGGAAGUUCUGUAGAGACCAAAGAAACAAAACGAGAUUUUGCUCCGUCGUGGCAAAUCGCAACCUUUUGUAUUGUCAGUUAGUGCAUUAUGUUAUUUUGUGGUAACAUUGAGAGCAAACGUUGAAAUCUUAUUAUGUGCCAAUUUGUCUGAGAACA